AUGUUAAGACUAAUAAGUAACGUUUCCAACCCCAUGGUCCAUAGAUAUCAAGGAGUACGUGGGUUCUCCUUGAUGACAAACAACUUAAUAUCCAAUAACAUGAAACCUAGAACCGUUCAACAACCAAUAAAUGUAUUGAGUCAAUUAAACAAUGAGGUAUCAAUAAAUUCAAUCUUUGGUUGGAUAACAAGAAGAUUUAAAACAAGAGGUAAUACUUAUCAACCAUCUACACUUAAAAGAAAGAGAACUUUUGGAUUCUUGGCCAGAUUAAGAAGUAAAAAUGGACGUAAAGUUUUACAAAGAAGAAAAGCUAAGGGGAGAUGGUAUUUAACUCAUUAA